GGUAGGCUAGCAGGUUCCCUCCGCUUCCAGUCUUUAUGCUAAGCUAAGCUAACUCCCUGACACAAGGAAGCUGCAGUCAUGGCGUCCUGUGCUCUGGUCCUGGUUCCUCUGUGGAUCCUCGGUCUGAGUGGAGGCUGCAGGGCGGAGGAGCUGUGCAGGGAGGCUGUGUUGUCCUGGUUCAGCGGGCGGGUUCUGGAGGGCCUCGGGCUGGACGAGCCUCCCGUGGCCUCGGCGCAGGGCCCCGACGUGGGCACGGCCCAGCGAGAGGGAGCAAGGCACGUGCACGUGAGGGCCCCGAGGGCGAGCAGGACAACACGGGUGGACCAUCGGACAAGUCCAACCGAGGACAAGUCUCAGAUUAUUCUCUUCCCCAGUCCUGACUCGUCUUGUGUCCCAGAAACCACCAGAAGUCCCUUCACGUAUUAUUUCCGGCCGUCCCUGAACGACCAGGAGGCCGUGGUCACCGCUGCCCACUUCUGGUUCUACGCGGGCGAGGGAGCCAACACGUCCGCCCCGCUCUUCAUCCUCAACUCGGCGCAGCAGCUUCUCCAGGCAGCGGAGGCCCCGUCAGAGAUGAGCCCAGACGGAUGGACCACCUACGACCUGCGGGCGGCGCUGGCCUCCGUGGCUCAGGGUCCCUUCGUGCUCCAGGUCCGCUGUCCGGCCUGCCAGUGCCACGCGGACCAACCAGACAAGACGCCCUUUCUUGACCUCCACGCUCAGCCACGUGCUCAAGGCCGCUCUCGCCGCCACGCACCACUCAACAUUCGCUGGUCUCCCUCUGCCAUCGACCUGCUGCAGCGCCCCUCUCAGGAGAGACCGGAGCACAGCGACUGCCACCGAGCGCACGUCGAAAUCAGCUUCGAGGAGCUGGGCUGGGAAAACUGGAUCGUCCAUCCGGCGGCCCUGACCUUCUACUACUGCCACGGAAACUGCUCGGCAGGGGAUCGAACCGCCGCCGUGCUGGGGAUCAGUCAGUGCUGCGCUCCGGUGCCGGGGAGCAUGAGGUCCCUGAGGAUCACCACAACGUCCGACGGUGGAUACUCGUUCAAGUACGAGACCCUGCCCAACAUUAUACCUGAGGCGUGUACUUGUAUCUGAAGAGCAAAGGUUAAAGGUCGAGUUCACCCAAACGACUUUUCAUCUCAUCUGUUUGUUUCAUGUGUUUUAUACAUUUUUAACAAUGAAUACACAAAAUAACCACCACACUCAACACAACUCACGUUACCUCGUCUUCUUCAUUCUCCAUUUCCUGUGUGCAUUGCAUUGUGGGAGGUGUCCAUCAACAGCACAUCUGCGAAUGUGUUUGUUUGAAUCAGACGUCGUUCUGUAAUUUGAGUUACUUGUUUACUGAACUUUGUUUUCGUCAUGUUUGUUUUACUCCCACGUCAAAGUCAAAUUAAAGGCAGCGGUGUUGUUUCCUCCCACCUGUGGGCGGCGCUGUUUGCCCACGUUUAAACUGCACCGUCAGGUUCAGACUCGUGUUCUUUGAUCUGCAGCUCCACAAUAAACCACCGGUCAGAACACGGAGGUGAACGUGAUCUGUAAACACACAGUGACAGCUCUGCGAGAAUAACGACAAAACAAACACGGAGAAACCCACAAAUACACACGAGUCCACAGACGAAAGUAUCUUGUUCAAAUAUAUUUAUUUACUCUGAAGACAAAAUAAUCUCUACAGUUACAAAAACUACAAAACUUGCAAUAGAAAAGGAACAAGUAUAAACCGCUGACGUACAAUAUUCAACAGGAAAUGUCGGACCUUGAGAAGAGCAGCAGAGCUGGAAGUGAGAUGAAAACAAGAAACAGCAUCAAACAGCUGCUUUGGCAAAGUGUACUUUUGAGUUUUCCAGCCGCAGAUCAUAAAACCAACAAACAAUAAACUCUGCACGAACAACGAAAGCUACAGAUGAAGAAAGUCGGAGCUGGUGUGUGUGUGUUUACAUGGCACCGCGCUGUGUCGGCAGCCGGCUGUCAUCCUCUCCAGGAGGCACGAAGGCCUCCAUGUUGCAGCGGAGAGGAGGAGCAGCGGCGCACGUCAAGGGUGGAAAAUAUGUCUCACCAAAGAAGAAUGUAAAUUUCAAAAGACAAGGAUGGAGUUUUCACUGUGGACAGUAGCCUUGGAGACAGAUGUUUCCAGCUGCGUAGCAAAGAAUAAUGAAAUUAAAGUUUAACUGUGAUACGGAGAACAAUGUAAAUCGGUUUAUAUUUGGAGAGUUAAAGGAUCACCAACAACAAGUGCCCACUUCUCAGCAGUCGUGUCAAACACUUCCUUCUAAACUACGGAUCUACAGAUUUGGUCUUUGUAGAAAUAAAAAAAGGAAUUAUUGAGUAUUUGAAAUGAAAUGAUUGUACAAAAUAAAGAAUUCAAGCAUUUCCCAGGUAAACAUUUUGGCAGAUUGGAGUAAACAUGGAGGCUUCAAAUAAUCUGACUUUUCUGAAAUGGUGUGGUUUCACUAAUCCAACAUCUGAUCUGGUUAACGCUGCUCUACACGCUCCACGAACGGCUGAACCCGAGGCGGCUUGUUUUGAGAUUCUGUCCGAGGACGACGAGCCUCACGAGAGUCUGAAGUUUAUAAAACAAAACAAAAGGAGGAGUUUUGAAUCCAGGUCUGAAAGGGACGAGGGUUAAUUGCGAGUGCGUGCGGGGUGGAGACGGGGUUUGGACGUAGGCUGGCGAGCGGAGAUCGGAGAUGUGGCAGGCGUUCAAGUUUAGAGUCGUGGAGAUGAACCAUUUGUCACAACACAGCUGGGUCAGCGUUUCUCUCUCUCUCUCUCUCUUUUUUUUUUUUGACUGACCCCUAAUACUGAAAGGCUCAAUUCUCUCAUCCACGCAUUCACACAGACACACACACACACACACACACA